AUGUUUAAAUACUUUUAUAACCAUUGCUUUUCUAUUAUGUUGUUUCUAAGGAUACAACACUUUAAAGAGAGCACAGCAUUCAUCCAUGAGUGUCGGCUGAAAGGAGAAGGCUGUCUAGUUCAUUGCUUGGCAGGUGUUUCCCGGAGUGUGACUUUGGUAGUAGCUUAUGUCAUGACAAUUACAAGUUUGGAAUGGGAAGAUGCGUUGGCAGCUGUUAAAGGGGCAAGGACGUGUGCCAACCCUAAUAUGGGUUUUCAGAAGCAGCUUGAGGACUUCGGAAAAUGUGAUGUCCUACAUCACCGAAUAUGGUUGAAGGAGACCUAUGGAGAAAGUCCUUUCCUGGAUGAGGAGGAAGCCAAGCAACUUGUAGCCAAGCAUAAGCAGAGAGAGGAAGAGUCCAGCGCUUCAAGUUCAAGCAGACAGUGGAGCAGUCAUCUAACCUCUCUCUCUUCCAUGGCGUACAGCAAUUACACAACAGAAACAUAA